AUGACGCCCAAACAGUGGGCCAAGUACCUAUUCUCAGUGCAUGGCGUGAGCGGUGUGCUGUCUGUUCUGGCAGGGAGCAUCUGGACCACAGUUCGUUUGGCCAAAGGUAGCCGCCAAGCGAGCCAUGCAGAAGUGGUCUUCAACGUGGUCUUGAGUGCUGUGAUACUAAUUACCGGCAUGCAGCGACUCAGGACGAUUCGCAAUCAAGACGUGGUCUUGAAAUUCUGGGUUGGCAUUUCCAUUCAGAUCUUCGCGCUCUGUCAAGUGUUGGAGGCACCCCUCCUGGGCUGGAUUCCGUAUUCGAUAUUCGGCAAUUGGAUCAGCCGUCUUUGGGGCAUCCUGUCUGUGUACUUCUAUGUGAAGUGGCUCAUGCAGAUCAAAAAGUGGAACGAAGCUUUCGAAACAAACAGUGACCAGACUGUGGCGCGGAUUUUCCAUCCGCUGAUGGCACCUGCCAUGGGCUCUGUUGUGGCGAUGGAAGUGGUGACCUUU